AUGCUUCUUGGGGUCGUGGAUCAGAUCCUAAAUUGUCUUGUUAGAUUAUGUUUAAGCAUCUUCCUCGCCAACUUCGAAAUCACGAUUGUUAGCACGAGUUUAGUUUCCAUUACGAAUGACUUGAAGAGCUUUGGGAGUAGUAGUUGGGCAGUCACAGCGUAUCUCAUCACCUACACUAGUUUUAUGAUUAUCUGGGCCAAACUUAGUGACAUCUUUGGUCGGAAGCCUAUGAUUUCUCUCGCUAUCUUCAUCUUCCUCGUCUUCUCUGGAGGAUGUGGUGCAGUGCAGACAAUGGCCCAACUCAUCGUAUGUCGAGCAUUCCAAGGACUAGGAGGCUCAGGAGCGUACUCCCUCACUCUAGUUAUCUUGUUCGAGAUGGUGCCACCAGCCAGAUAUCCAAUCUAUACAGUACUAGUGACUAUUAUCUUCGCAUUUUCACUACUUAUGGGACCAAUUUUUGGCGGUCUUAUCAAUGUUCAUACGAAAUGGAUUUGGGUGUUUCUCCUCAAUGUUCCAUCCGGCGCUAUUGCACUCAUCCUCCUUCUUAUCACAAUGCCAAGCAAUUUUCCCUGCGAAAGUGGUUCUCCAAGAAGAAUGUCCUAUUCCAUGCAUCACAUCGACUUUCUCGGCGCUGCUCUACUUUUGGCAGCUGUUGCUCUGUGUGUCGCUGGUCUGGAAGAAGCUAGCACACUUGCUGCAUGGACUUCGAGGACGGUACUCGCGCCACUCGUGAUCUCUGCGCCGUUGGUCAUUGCCUUUUUCACAUACGAAUGGCUUGUCACGAAAAGAGAAGGCAGAGAUCAAGCAGAGGGAAGGGACAAUACACAGCCCAUCUUCCCUUGGAGGUUCUGCAGAAGUCGGGUCAUCAUGGGCAUUAUUAUCAACUCUUUUCUCGUUGGCGUCCCCUUCACGACCCUCGUUGUGCAAAUUCCCCUCCGCUUCCAAGUCGUAAACAACUUUACCCCGCUUCAAGCCGGCCUGCGCCUGAUCCCCUUCUCCUUCGCUUGUCCUACCGGUGCCUCUCUUGUCGCCAUCCUAGCUAGUAAGCGCCGCCUGCCACCACUCUACCUGAUGUUUGCAUCUGCGACCUUCCAAACGAUAGGUCUCGUGCUCCUCUCCACCCUACACCCGGGAAACCCAGAUUGGAAAGGGCAGUAUGGAAUCCAAGUUAUCACGGGGUUGGGAGUGGGACUCGCGAUGGGCGUCACGACGCUGAUGAUGCCUUUUGCAAUCGAAGCGCGCGACCUAGCUAUCGGAACAGCUGCAGUCGCCCAGUUCAGGCUCCUCGGCGGGGCCAUUGGGAUUGCAAUUGUAACAGCAGUCAUGAAUAGUUGGCUUAGAGGGGAGUUCAGAGGGAUCCUGACUCUAGGGGAGGUUCAAGGGAUCUUUAAGACGACACACGUGAUUGAGAAUUUACCUGUAGAAUUGCAGAAGGAAGUGAGGAAGUUGAUAGUUAGAGGGUUCAACUUGCAGAUCCGGAUACUUCUAGGGUUUGCGGGAGCGCAGUUUUUAGUUGCGGCAGGGAUGUGGACAAGAGAGCCUAUUUUGUUGGCAUAA